AAUCAUUUUAUGUGCAAAUUUGUUUAUAUUAUUUGAAUUCCUACGAGAGUGAUACGAAUUGUUUACAACACUGGCACAUUCACAAACCCAGAACUGCCAACAUUACGAGAAACAACAGAUUCCAACAAAUGUCAAUGCGAAAAAGAAAUUGAAGCUGUACCUGAUAAGAGGGUGGAAUCAAACGUCGCUGAAAAACUAAUUUUCCUUGAAUUAUACGGAAUUUGAUCGGCUGAAACAAUUAAAAUUUAGUAGACUAUAUAGUGGUGCUAUCAGUAAUUGCAUUUUCGAUGAUCAAAUAGUGAGCUGCGAAGCCAGCUAGCAAACAGUUAUGAGCGUGAUAAUACGGUUGCAAAAUUUGCCCUGGUCGGCAAAUGCGUUGGACGUUCGCGGUUUUUUUAAAGGUCUCUCGAUCCCGGACGGCGGAGUUCACAUCGUUGGCGGAGAAAUGGGCGAUGCGUUUAUUGCAUUCAGCACGGAUGAGGAUGCUCGUCAGGCUAUGAUGCUGAAUGGAGGUAAAAUCAAGGAGGUUCAGAUUUCGUUACUUCUAUCAUCGCGAGCUCAAAUGCAAAAGGUCAUCGAGGAAGCUCGCCGAACAACGAUGUCCUUCAUGCAACUAACCGCUCAGAGUUCCACGGGCUCUCCACAGCCAACGAUUGCUCCGAAAGUGUCCGCUCCAACAACUAUUGCCCAACAGCCACAACCCCCGGUGAUCAGUUUGUCCGGGUUUCUAGCACAAAAUUUGAAUCAGCAGAAAACACAGAUCAUGCAAACGCAGUCCAUCUACUCGGAGAUCCCGGGAUUGGGGUUUUUGACUGGUGGGAGCGGAAUGUUUCAACCGAAUGCUCCGGCCGCUGGUCUGUUCUCCGCCCUGAACGCACAAUCUCUGACUACCGGCGCCAGCAAUACAGCCUUCACGCAGUUGUCUGAACAGCUGAAGAAAGUAACCGAAGCGGAGAGCCUUGUUCCUGCGAAUAACUCACCGAUUUCAAUGACCGGGAGCAGUACGGCACCGAAAAAAGAUUCGAGCGAUUCGAGGAGUGCUCGUCGGAGUAGAUCGGUUUCCCGCGAUAGAGAGCGUCGUCGUUCGUCGAGGGAUCGCUGCUCGCGUUCAAGGAGCCGUGAUCGAGGUAGACGUCGCAGCGGAAGGGACCGUAGCCGAAGCCGUAGUCGAAGUUAUGACAGACGGAGCAGAAGUCGCAGUCGUGAUCGUCGCGACAACAGAAGACGCAGGUCUCGAUCGCGGGACAGACGUGAUACUCGUUCCAGAGAUCGUAGCCGGGAGAGGGAAUCCAAAGGGGUGGAUAAAUCUGGUAGACCACGAGUUUCUCGAUUCAGUGAUCGAGGAGCCGAUGCAAAACCGGAAGUAGCUGUGGAAGCUGCUGUACCAAACUUUGUCAGCCCUUGGGAUUCGUCUAUUCAGCAAAACUUGAUGAAGAUGGCAAACAAAAACAUUGCAGGUAACAUUCAGCCGCUAUCACAUGACGGGAAACCAACUGGGCUUACUGUUGGGAACGGCCCAACAACUGUACAAGAUAAUUCAAAGCAACUUUCAGUUUCGUACAAAGCGAAUGUUUUGCCAGCUGUUAACUAUGGGUCAUUCCAAGCUUCCAAACCAAUUAGUAACGUACAUUUGACCAAAUUGCAAGAGCUACACGCCCGUAGAGAUACAAGGGUAUUUCAAAGUAUGGUUGCUGACCAGCAAACUCCCAUGGACAGUCAAACAUAUAUAUCGCAGGCCAAUGUAACGGCAAAUGCCGCUCCUGUCAGGUCAUUACCGACCAACAAAUACAAUCCAACUGCUGAUAACCAUAAUGAAUUUACUCGGAAUGUACAAGACUCAACCGAUCGACAGGACAGCGAUGAAGUUGAAGGACAGUCGGUGAAAAUUUCUAAUUUGGAAACCAUAACUGGUUAUGGGGAGAUCAGACGAUUUUUUGUUGGUCAAUCGAUUUCAAGCAAUGGAAUCAAGAUGAUCAACGAUCAAAGCGGCAGACGAACGGGAGUGGCUUAUGUGAGGUUUUUACGAAAGGAUGGGAAGCGCUAUGCACUUUCUCGGAACGGAAUGACUUUGCGUAAGUCCGUUGUACAUGUGGAACCGAUCUCCGACAAAGAGUUUGAGGAUGCUGUCGAUUCGUACCGGCCAAGUUAUGAGGAUUCUAAGCCCGCCUGGAGUGACCCCGAAAGUGAGGUUAGUAAAAAGGCUGGUGGGGAGGUUAUUGAGAUCGGUGAUGAUUCCAACGAGCAGGACAACAAGCCUGGGACGCUUCUGGUUUGGAAUCUGCCAAACUUGACGACUGAACUGGAUUUGAUGAAAAUCUUUUCCGACUUCACUGUGGUUGAAGUUUUGGUGGUGAAAAAUUAUAAGAAUCCGAAGCAGUGCGAUGGGUAUGUUAAGUUCCAUCGGUCGAAUGAUGCGCGCAGGGCUUGCGACAGCACUCACAAGCAUUACAUAAGAAACAAGCGAGUUUUCGUGAGGCCAUGCACUGCCAUUGAGUAUGACGCGGCGAAGAAUGAGUACGAAGCUCCAGAGGAUAGCAAAAGUGAUGAGGAACAACCUGCUGAUGAGGUCGCCGUUGUGUUGGAAGACUCUGUGCAUGAAAUUGGUGAAGACUCAAGGGAAUUGAAGAAAAUGGAGGAUGAUAAGAUGGAUUUGACCGAAGAAGAUGAUGAAAUACACGAGAAUUUCGUUUCUGAUCAUCAAAAGGACGAAGACAAUUUGCUGAUCCAACCGCCCACCUUCGACUUAACGAUCCCACCUGAAAACAGAGACGUAGAACCUGUAGAGCUUCCGCCAAACGUGCCUCCAAAGAUACCACAAGCAAAUAGUGAUCCGAGAAAUGCCUUCAGUCAGAAUUUAUACCAGGAACCACCACAGACUUUAACCCCACCAGGUAACAUUGGUUUUGGAGGCAAUUUCAGCAGGGAUCCCCGCCGCAGAUCAGAUCUCUCGAAUCAAUUACGCUCCGAUGGUAGUCAAUGUGGCUUCAUGAGCGACAACAGCCAUGAUAGUUAUGAAAAUAAUCGAACUAACUAUACUCAAUCUAAUGAAACCAACAGAAACAGAUAUAACGCACCAUAUCAGCAAUCGCAAGAGAAUAACAACAGCCGAAUCUACGCCAUGUCUCAACCUCAAUCUCAGUUCAAUCGGUUCGGUUCCCACCCAUCACCCCAUGGGGGUAGUCAAACCGGUCAGCGUUCCGGGAAUGCUGGGAACGAUAGCGACAGUGAAGACAAAACCACUUUCAUCACAAUCAACAAUUUGGAGUACAGUUUGAAGGAGUCCGAUAUUCAUGAGUUCUUCGAUCGGGAGGGAUUCGCUCCGAAAAACAUACGCCUCGUAUGUACGCCAUAUGGUCGCGCAACGGGUGAGUGUUUGGUGGAGUUCGAAACAGUCCACGAAGCCAGCGAUACACUGAUUAAGAACGGUACCAUGAUUGGGAAUAGGAAGGCAUUUUUUAAACAUCUGAACCCAAAUCAGGUUGCGGAUGUGAUGCAGCGGCUCAACCUACCUGGCGUUCAACAGAACUAUCAGAGAGGGGGAAAUUUCAACAAUAAUGGUAACGGUUCCUUUGGCAGGAACAGAAACAUGGGCCGGGGAAAUUUUGGUAGUCAUAACAGUUUUGGUAAUAACAAUUCCGCUAACAACAAUUUCGGUAACAACAAUUUCGGAAAGAAUGGUUUAGACAACAAUUCGUUUGGUGGAUCUCGCAGAAUGGACAGUAUCCAAAGAUUUUCGAAUAAUAACAGUAAUUCUGGGGAGAACAAUGGUCAGACCAACGAAAAUCAUAACAUUAGCAAUGAAAAUGAAAAUCAAUACAACAGAAGCGAUGAUGACAGCCAUCAUCAUCAUGAUGAAGUUAAGGAUUCGACGAAUGCACCGAAUUUCACCACAAACCAUCACAACGAACAGAGGGAUGAGGAGUCACAACAGUCACUCGGUCAUAACGCAUCGUUUGGUCGAGAAGCUCCUCCGGUGGAGGCGGAAGCUUUCGUCAAUAGAAACAGGCAGCGAAUGCCUGGUUACGAUAGCAAUAGUGGACCACCACCACCACCUAUGAUGAUGGGUGGUGGUGGCGGCGGGGGGAACAUUAUAGCCCUAGCGAAUUUACCGUUCCGAGCGCAGAACGAAGAGAUAGUGGAAUACUUCCAAGAAUACAACAUUACCAUGAACGAUGUCAAGCGAAGAUAUUUGCCAGAUGGUCGUACAACCGGUGAGGCGAUGGUUCGCUUCCAGUCAGCAGGAGACGCCCAAAGUGCGUUGGAAUCCCACCAACAACGACGGCUAGGGGGAAGACAAAUCCGGAUGAGGAUUACAGAUAAUUAGAUGCUUUGAGCAAUUGAUGUAUCCGCCAAAAUAUAUUACCCAUAACUAAUUGAGUGCAGAGUGCAAGUGACUGAACGAAAUGAAUGAAAGCUGUAAAUACAUCUCAUUGAAAUAUAGUCAUAACUACAGAUA